CAGUCAGUCGCCUCUCAUCUCCCUCCUCCAUACAGCGGUGGAGAGACUGAUGCUUUUCAGCGCGGCUGGAUGGUGCAUGUGUGUACUUGUCAUAGUAGAGUAGCCAGGCUGUUUGGUUGGGGCUCUAAAUUGACUAUCUCUUCUCCGGCUGUGGCCUUUCCUGUAGUUAAACAUCUGUUCACCGAUCGUGUCCAUCUGUAGCUCAAGAGUAAUGUUCUUUGUACACCAGCUGUAGCCUGGACCCGGCAAACCUGCAGCAAGAUGAGCUCGGAGGAGCGCGGCUCAGCCAUGUCACAGAAGAUCUCCUCCCUGUCGCGCAGCAACAGCAGCUCUUCAUCCAAACAUGACAGCCGACAGGACAGCUGGGAAAUCGUGGAAGGCCUGCGAGGAAGCUUCAGCAGUGUCCAGGAGCCUCAGAAACAGGAGGGCUACAUGAUGAAAAGAAGAAAGUGGCCAAUGAAGGGCUGGCACAAGAGAUACUUUUUCCUGGACAAGGGUAUCCUUAAGUAUGGCAAGUGCAGUGCUGAUAUUGAGAAAGGGAAGCUGCAUGGUUGCAUUGAUGUGGGUCUCUCUGUCAUGGCCAUUAAGAAGAAGGCCAAGUGCAUCGAUCUUGAUGCCGAGGAAAACAUCUAUCACCUGAAGAUUAAGUCUCAGGAGCUGUUUGAUGAAUGGGUAUCCAAGCUGCGUCACCAUCGUCUUUAUCGGCAAAAUGAGAUUGCCAUGUACCCUAACGAGAAGUCCUUGUUCUAUCCCCAUUAUGCCUCCCCGAACUCUCCUGGCAUCGCUGAGGGACCCCCUAUUAGAAAGUGCCUGUCCAUACGAAGGCAGUCCACAGUGCAUCAUGCCGCAGCUUUCCCUUUAAACUCCAACAGCCAAGCAAAGGUGGCUGCCUGGCUCCAGUCAUCUGACGAAAUGGACAAAUGCUUCAAAGACUUAUCAGUAUGUGAGGCCUAUCUCCUAGAGCUUAACCACCUGCUUCAGAGUAUGGAAGUAAUUCACCGGACUUAUUCUGCUCCAUCCAUCCAAGCACUGCAGGCGUCUACUUUUGACAGCCCCAAAAAAGAAAAGAGACUUCCAAAGAAGUGGCGCACUAAAAACUACAACAAAGAUGUCAAAACAACUCUGCAGGUACCGAGCUGCAUCUCCUCUGGCUCUAUCCGCCUCCAUGCCUCAAACCCCAACCUAUCCACUGCUGCACUGAGCAAUGAUAAAGCCGAUCCUGAAUCCCUGGACUCCCCUUUUGAUGUGGCCAAGCUGCAAGAAGACUUCUGUCGUGUUGCCACCAACUUGCAUACAACCAUGAAGGCGGCCCUGAGCACACUGACAUCAGAGAGAGAGAGAUUAAAACAAUGCCUGGAUCACGAAACCUGCCCCCCCACCUCUCCACAAGUUGUAAAUUUGAAGAACACGCUGGCUGCGGCUUUAGCCCAGAACUCAGAGCUGAGAGAACGCCUGUGCAAGAUUCAUGCUGAGUCCCAGAUCAUAGAGCCCACACUAAUAACGCUCACUGCCCCUGUGCAGAAACAGGAAUCAGUAGAUGAAGCCCAUCCCCUCGUACACCAAGUAUCCAAUGAGAGCAGAGCUUCAAUCGCGGAGUCUUUGUCCGAGUUCUUUGACGCACAGGAGGUUCUGUUAUCUGCUAGCUCUUCUGAAAAUGAGGUAUCAGAGGAUGACUCGUAUAUCAGUGACAUUAGUGACAACAUUUCCAUGGACAACUUCAGUAAUGAGACCGAAAGUGAAAGACCAAACUCGGGCUCUGUGGAAGAAGGCACUGUUCUUUAUCGUCGUAGAUCCUGUCUGCCCACACCCAGCCCAAGCAACACCUCCAUCAGCUUGUGGAACAUCCUUAGGAACAACAUAGGCAAAGACCUUUCCAAGGUUGCAAUGCCUGUGCAACUUAAUGAACCCCUCAACACCCUGCAGAGACUGUGUGAGGAGCUGGAGUACAGCGAGCUGCUAGACAGGGCCGCCAACACACAGGACCCUUUUGAACGUAUGAUAUACAUCGCUACAUUUGUUGUGUCCGGUUAUGCAUCCAGCUACUACAGAACUGGGGGAAAGCCUUUCAACCCUGUUCUUGGAGAAACAUAUGAAUGUGACCGACCAGAUAAAGGCUUACGAUUUGUUGCAGAGCAGGUCAGCCAUCACCCACCAAUCUCAGCUUGCCAUGCAGAGUCUAAAAACUUUGUGUUUUGGCAAGACGUGAGGUGUAAAAACAAGUUUUGGGGAAAGUCAAUGGAGAUUGUUCCUGUGGGGACCACUCAUGUAACUCUGCCAGGAUUUGGAGACCAUUACGAGUGGAACAAAGUGACCUCUUGCAUCCACAACAUUCUCAGUGGGCAGCGCUGGAUCGAGCACUAUGGGGAGAUCACCAUCAGAAACUCCAGCAGUGAUAUAUGUCAGUGCAAGAUCACUUUUAUUAAGGCCAAAUACUGGAAUUCGAGUGUAAAUGAGAUAGAGGGGACUAUCACAAAUAAUAAAGGAAAGGUUAUCCACCGACUCUUUGGAAAGUGGCACGAAGCGGUUUUCUGUGGAGACCCGCCUUCAGCUACAUGCAUCUGGAGAGCAAAUGCAAUGCCAGUAGACCAUGAGCAGUACUAUGGCUUUACGAAGUUUGCAAUUGAGCUGAACGAGUUGGACCCAUCCCUGAAACUGCUGCUACCACCUACAGACACGAGACUACGAGUGGACCAAAGACUGCUGGAGGAGGGGAAGUUGGAGGCUGCAGAGGAGCAUAAGCAGAGGAUUGAACAGCUGCAGAGAGACAGACGGAGAGUCCUGGAAGAGAACAAUGCAACACAUCAGCCUAAAUUUUUCAGGAAGGCACAGGACGAUACCUGGGUGAGCAACAACACGUACUGGGAGCUGAGGAAAGACCCUGGCUUUGCCCAUGUAGAUUUCCCUACACUGUGGUGACCGUGUGCUGCAGAUCAUACAAACAUUUGGACCUGCACAGCCUCUACUGUGAUUUGUGAUCCAGACUGGUUCUGGUGAUGUCUGUAUCUCAUUCUGACCAUCCACAUUCUGUACUGGAGUUCAUCAGAGUUAUUGCCUUAAUAGCAAGUGCUUAUCUGAGUUGUAUAAACACAUUUAUGCAAACAUAUUAUGAGAAUGUUGCUCAAUUUGCAGUAGGCCAAUUUCAUUUUUUUGCCUGCAUUCCACAUAUUAUGUUGUGCUAAACCACUUAAACUAAGAAAAGGAAAGAUCCUUGGUAUGAAGGAUGAGAAGAAGAGUUUCAUAGUUUAUCUACACUAGCUUAAAAUGUACUGAUCAACUGGUUAUGUUGGUUGUUGUCUUACCAUGGACAUUCUCUACCUCUGAGAUAAACUAGCCUCGCUACGCCAUUGAUUCAGUGUAAACAUCCGAUAUUUAUUCUGCAUCUGCCUGAUGCCUUACUGGUUGUACUCAAACUUGUUUAAUUUAUUUUGUUGUACCUGCCAGAUGUUUAAAAAAAUAAAACAAAAGUCUAUGUUUCGUAAGGAAAUCUUGCUAACAAAAUAUUGUGCAAGCGAUCUCCGAAUCCUUACUGAAGUGAUUUUUCUGUCCGUUAUGAGUAAUUACUGCUUUUCGCUAUGAAUGUGUGAAUGAUUGUGCAACUAUGAGCAGCUGUAGCAAACUCAGUCAUAUCUUUUUCACUUUAUUCAGCACACCAUUGUCUAUAUGGACCCUGGGCUUUGGGGCCAAAAAAAAAGGGAAAAGAAAUGUCCAAAAACUAUGCUCCAUGAGCUCAAAUAAAAUUUCUGAUUGUUU